AUACGUACAACCUUGGGUAGCAGCAGCAUACACCCGUACACACCAACAAUGGCACCGUUCAGAGCAGCAUUCACCCCGGUCAGGUCGGCAUUGGUCCGCUCCUUCCACUCUACUCCCGCUGCUUUCAUUGCCAAGGGCGAUUCCAUUCCUUCCGUCCCUCUCCAGGAAUCCUCCCCUGCCGACAAGAUCUCUGUCGCGGACUUGGUUUCCAAGGUCAAGAAGGCCGUUAUCGUCGGUGUUCCCGCAGCGUUCUCUCCUUCAUGCUCUUCCUCCCAUAUUCCCAGCUACCUCAAGGCUGGCGAGGAGGCCAAGAAGAAGGGCAUUGAGGAGGUCAUUGUCGUCUCUGUCAACGACGUCUUUGUCAUGAAGGCCUGGAAGGAGAACUUGACUUCUGCUUCCGAUAAGAUCCGCUUCUUGGCCGACCCUCAGGGCAAGUUCACCGGAGAGAUCGACAUGCUCUUCGACGCUUCUGGCUUGCUCGGCAACCAGCGCAGCAAGCGCUACGCUCUCGUCGUCGAGGACGGCAAGGUCUCUAGCAUUCACCUCGAGGAGGACCCUACUCAGGUUACCGUUUCCGGUGCCGACAAGGUCUACGCUACCCUCUAAAUAUUUUGCGUUCGGAUGACCGAGUUUU